AUGGCGAACAAAAUCCUCCUCGUCUUCAUCGGCUUCGAUAUUCUCUUCCUCCUCUGCGCCGGCCUGCACCUCUUCCUUCCACUCUACACUGAAGCCAGCAUCAAAAAUAACACCAACGUGAGCAAUAUCGCACAGAAUCUUCUUCUUGACCAUUGCCCGCUGACAGCGAGCGAGGCCAACUCGGUGAUCAUGUUCAUCACUUUCCUCCUCUCCGUUCCGGCCUUCUUCAUGAAAUCCAACCGAACCUACCUCAAACUUCAUGCCUGUGGUGUCAUCCUUGCAGCACUUUUGACCCUCGGUAUUGGGCUCGCCAUCUGGUUUUCCACGUUGGAAACACACAAGAACCUCGCCCCGAUCUGGAAUAAGCAGACCCCUCAAAUCCAGACCAUGCUUCAAGCCAAAUUCCAAUGCUGUGGCUAUGAUAACCCGGCCCUCUUUGUCAGGGACCAAACCUGCACCAGCGCCGCGACCGCCGCACGCUUGGGUCCUUGCAUGACUCCUUUCGGCACGUACGCGAAUCAGUUCCUUGACGUCGUCUUCACAGCCUUAUUCGGUGUCGUGGCUGUCGAUAUGAUAUUGUUGCUCGCUGGCCUGUGCUUGAUUAAGGACCGUAAGGAGAAAGAGCGAUACAGACUGAUCGAUGAGAAGAGGGGCUAUGGCCCAAUUUGA